UUUUUACAAUUAUACAAUUCAUUAUCUUUUCAUUCUCAUAGAUUAUUCAUUGUAUAUUAAAUAUGUCAUUAUUUGAUCAUAAUUUCAUAGAUUUUUCUUAGUAUAUCAAAUAUUUAAUUAUUUGGUCAUAUUUCUAAGUUAUAUUAUUUCACAAACUUUAUAAGGCUUAGGUUUGUGACGCAUCCAAUAAUUUGUUCUGGCUGUAGUUUUCUGUUGUUUUGCCAAAUUUGAUGUUGUUGUUGCUGUUGUUGCUUUUGGUAAUGUUAAUAUUGAUUGAUUUGGAAUGCUCAGCGAUAUUUCUAGUCAUUUUAUUAUGUGAUACUUAUAUAUCGUGUUACGCAAUCAAUAUUGCUGCAGUGAAGUUAGCAGGAAAUUUGGCGGCCAUUCUCAGACUCGAUCAAUACUUUAUUUUCUGGUUUUUGUCAGUGGAAGAUAUUUAGUGUCUUUGUAAUUGUGUAGGCUUUCAGGGAACGUUCAAUAAACGAAACUUGUAAUGGAUAUAACAGCGGUUCAUUUAUUUGCUAAGGACAUAUACAGCGGAAAAGUUAACAUGAUAGUUUUUAGAAGGCAUUGGACAUGGAUUUUGUAGAAGAAGUCGAAAUAUUGGAUUCUGUAAAUGGUACAGAACUUAUGCAACAGGUACUAAGAGACGAAGAUAAUUUUAUUCGGAACGUUUCACAAUUCUUCAAUCAAGAGGAUUUGAGUGAUGUCAGUAUAAAAGUUGGGGAAGAACAUUAUUUUGGACAUAAGUUUGUUCUAGCAAAAUCUAGCGAUGUUUUCCGAACUAUGCUCUACGGAGAUGGGUGGACUCAAAGCCAAAACAAUGAACUAAUUCUUACUGAAAGUGAAGAGUGCCAGGCAGUAUUUGACAUUUUUCUGCGAUUCAUGUAUACAGCGGAGGUGACAGUCUCCGUUGAGACGGCGGUAGGUGUUUUAUGUCUUGCCGACAAGUACAACGUCACAUCUCUUAAAGCAUUAUGUGUUGGGUACAUGGUGCAAAAUACACAAUCGCCAAGGGUACAUAAUGCUUUGCACUGGUACAACUGGGCAAAAGCUCUUCACCUGGAAGCACUUGUUGAAUCCUGUACUAAAACAAUCGCAUGGAAUAUCGAAGCAAUACUUGGGUGCUCAGAAUGGCUUAAUAUGGAUUUGCAGUUUAUAAGGGAUAUUUUAAAUAACUCGGGUUUAGUUGUUGCGAAUGAGUAUUUGCUCUAUUCCGGACUGGUUUCCUGGCUCCAGUUUGAAGCCCAUGAACACAAAAUAAAAGAAAAUGCUGAAGCCCUUUUACCACUUAUACGCUUUCCACAGAUGUUAGUAAGCCAGCUCUACGAUAUUGAACUAUCUAGCUUUUUCAAACGUUCUGAAGUUAAUUUUAUUCUAAAGGAACUUGUUAACAAGGCAUACAGAUACCGGUCACUAUGUCCAUCACAGGACAAAUUGGAUGUUACAUUUGACGGGCAGUUCUACAAGCCGAGAAAUUACAUGGAUCUAGCUGUCGACUCUGUACUCAUGCAAAAUACGCUAAGAUUUGGAAUACAGGUCGAUGUGAGAACAAACGCUGGCCCAGUUGUCUCUGAAAACCGUAACGGGGAAUGGAAAAUUACAUACAGAAAGCAUGAAAACAACUGGAGCAUAAAUCUCUUUUGUCACGAUUCUGCUAUGAUAAACGGUGAAGCCUAUAUCGAGGUGUGUGUUCUUAUAUUUAAUGACAAUGAGAAAGUGAUACAGGUUGACAUGGUGCCACCGACAGUUUGUACAAGAACAAACAACCUUGGACUUAACAUAAAUGUCGAUGAUCCUUCUGCUUCUAAAAGUAUGGUACUGCUAAUAAAACCUGUGCCACAUUAAUCAAAACCGUACUGUGUCACAAAAAUAAAAGAGAAUUUUCUUGUUCCAGACAAAACCAAAGACAGUUGAGAACAUUCAGUCCCUUUGAUGAUUAAUCAAAGUAUUUAUUACAUUUAAUAUGCAAUGUAAUGUAGCCUUAAUCGGGUCAAAGGCUUACACAUAAAUCUAUUAAAUCUUACUAGUACAGUGGAAUUACCCUUAUGUGUAAUUUAUUUUAAGGUACCUGCACUUUUACUUAUAAACGUGAUAGUAUGGAACACCUAUAUUACGCUUAGUAAUUACAUAAAUUUGAUUCAAACAAAAAUUUUCAUUUUAUUUAGUUUUAUUUCUAAACAAUGUAAAAUCACAACAUAUAUGUAUAUUAAAUAAUGGACACUA